AUGGCCUUGUAUUCACCGGUUGUAUCAGAAUAUUGUGGAGGAGAUAUCAAUUGUUAUUUUCCUGAGAAAUGUUGUGAUUUAAAUACGUGUUGCCCUGACAACUCCAGAGAUGACCGUCUGUUUACCUAUAAACUUCACGUCUGGAAUAUGUGGUAUUUCUGGUUUAUAAUAAUAUUCAUUAUGAUGUCAUGUUUUGGGGGAUGUGGUUAUUACCGUCGGAAACGAAUGGCAGCCAUUUCUAGAAUACAACAACGUGACAGAAUGGGAGUUAUUCCCCCUGCUACAGAUUAUAUGAACAGACCCCGGAGCCAUCAUCACAGCGCUGUCAAUGUUCAUCCUAACUUUAUGGUUUAUACUGGUCCAGGAUUAGACCGAGAUAGUUCUUACUUACCUCCCCCUUAUUCAGAAGUGGUUUCACAACCCAAUAUGUACCCUCCUAAUAAAACCGAUUUACCACCAUAUCCUGGUGCUCCUAUUAUAACAGCAGAUAGUUCUGAUGCCGGCAACUCAUCUGUGACGCUAAACGUGCAGGAACUACAUUCACAACAAAUACCACAGCCUCCAUCUUAUAGCGAAGUUUUAGAACAGUCCAAUCACAGGCCAGGAAAUUCAAUUUCAACCAAUCAGAGAUCAGAACCACAAACCACCAACCUAUCAGCAUAA